UAAUAAUAUAUUAUAGUAAGUAUAUAUCUCUUGAGGAAUAUAGUUUUCUCAUCACCCACCGUCUCCUUUAUUUUUUUGGCUGAUCUAUCAUAAUCUUGAAAGUUCAGGAUCAAUGGAGGAAGGAGGAAGUAGCCACGAAGCAGAUAGUAGUAAGAAGAUAGUGGGGAGAGGGAAGAUCGAGAUAAAGAGGAUAGAGAACACAACAAAUCGUCAAGUAACUUUCUGCAAACGACGCAAUGGUCUUCUCAAGAAAGCUUAUGAGCUCUCUGUCUUGUGUGAUGCCGAGGUUGCCCUCGUUAUCUUUUCUACCCGUGGCCGUCUCUACGAAUACGCCAACAACAGUGUGAGGGGUACAAUUGAAAGGUACAAGAAAGCUUGUUCUGAUGCCGUCAACCCUCCCUCCGUAACCGAAGCUAAUACUCAGUAUUAUCAGCAAGAAGCUUCUAAGCUUCGGAGACAGAUCCGCGACAUUCAGAAUUUAAACAGGCAUAUUGUUGGGGAAUCACUUGGUUCUUUGAACUUCAAGGAACUCAAAAACCUCGAAGGACGUCUUGAAAAAGGAAUAAGCCGCGUCCGAUCCAAAAAGAACGAGAUGUUAGUGGCAGAGAUAGAGUACAUGCAGAAGAGGGAAAUGGACUUGCAACAUGAUAACAUGUACCUGCGAGCUAAGAUAGCCGAAGGCGCCAGAUUGAAUCCGGGUCAGCAGGAAUCGAGUGUGAUACAAGGGACGACUGUUUACGAAUCCGGUGUGUCUACUCAUCACGAUCAGUCGCAUCACUAUAAUCGGAACUAUAUUCCGGUGAACCUUCUUGAACCGAAUCAGCAAUUCUCCGCCCAAGACCAACCUCCUCUUCAGCUUGUUUAACCAAGAACAUGAUAAACACUUGUUUCUUCCCCAUCUAAACGUUUGAGAGAGACUAGGGAGUUCAUUACAUCUAUAAUGCGACUUCUACUUAUUCAUAGUUUAGGUUUUGAUCAUAAUAAUAAUAAGGGAAUAACAAAUUAAACUCUUAAUGUUUCCAUUGUCUAAUUACAUCAAUAUUUAAACCCAAUGUUCCAAAA